AGGUCCGUGGCAUUGGCUGUUUUACUGACAUUGGUCUCGGCUGUUGACCGAGGCAAUUUCAAAAGCUGCCAGCAAAGUAGUUUCUGCAGACGACAUCGUGCUGUGAAACCAGGGGAAAGUCCAUAUACACUCCUCACUGACACAGUGACAGUAAAUGAUGCAGGACUAGUAGGAGAUGUCAUUAAUGAAAAUAAUAGAAUUGUUUUUACUUUAGAAAUAUACCCUCUAAAGGAUUCUACUGUGCGCAUUAAAAUAAAUGAAAAAAAUCCUAUCAAGCCCAGAUUUGAGGAUCCGUAUGCCUUAGUAAAGGAUAUUCAUGGAGAAAGCUUUGAGGUUGUUGAUCAAUCUGCUCAAGGAGUGACCGUCAAAUUUGGAUCACAUCGUGCUGUUGUAAAUGCAAAACCUCUGAAGAUCGAUAUCUAUAAUGGCAAUGAUCUUGUGGUGAGCACAAAUGCUCGGGGACUUCUCAAAUUUGAACACUACAGGAAUAAACCUGGAAAUGAGGAACAGCCUGCAGAGGGAGAGGGAGAGCCCAAUGCCCUUCCAGCUGACGAUCAGGAGGAGGACAAGGAUGGAUUGUGGGAGGAGUCCUUCAAGGGCCACACUGACACAAAGCCUCUUGGGCCGGCCUCCGUGGGCAUGGAUAUAUCUUUUGUCAACUCCAAGCAUGUAUAUGGAAUACCAGAGCAUGCGGACUCUUUCUCGUUGAGAGAAACCACGUCAACUGAUCCCUACCGCUUGUACAACUUGGAUGUUUUUGAAUAUGAAGUGGACAAUCCCAUGGCUCUGUAUGGUUCUGUACCAGUAAUGCUCUCCCAGACUGCACGGCACACUACUGCUGUGUUUUGGCAUAAUUCUGCUGAAACGUGGAUUGAUAUUAAGAAAUUGCCAGAUAGCAAUGUUGUGUCUUCCAUCACUGGUUUCUUCUCCAGUGGAGAGACUGACCCUCCACAGGUAUCUACACAUUGGUUCUCCGAGUCUGGCAUCAUUGACGUGUUUGUCAUGCUAGGACCAAAACCCAUGGAUGUCUUCAGACAGUAUGCAGGUCUUACAGGAUCUCAGAACCUUCCCCCGCUUUUUAGUCUGGGAUAUCAUCAGUGCCGCUGGAACUACAAUGAUGAAGAGGAUGUACGUCAAGUGCAUGAAAACUUUGACAAACAUGAUCUUCCUCUGGAUGUGAUGUGGUUAGAUAUUGAACACACUGAUGGGAAAAGGUACUUCACAUGGGACCAUUACAAAUUCCCGAACCCAUUGGAAAUGACGGCCAACCUCACUGCAAGAGGCCGCAAACUUGUGACCAUUAUUGAUGUUCAUUUCAAACGGGACAGUAAUUAUUUCUUUUAUAAAGAAGUUCAUGAUCGAGACCUUUUUGUUCAUACAAAAGAUGGAAAUGAGUUUGAUGGUUGGUGCUGGCCAGGUUCUUCAUCCUAUAUUGAUAUGACUAAUCCGGAUGCGCGAGAACACUACAGUGACACUUACCGACUUGAUCGAUACAAGGGUUCCACCUUGGAUACAUUCACAUGGAAUGACAUGAACGAACCCUCUGUCUUCAAUGGACCCGAAAUCACGAUGCCCAAAGACAAUUUACAUCCUGGCAUUGGGGUAGAACACAGAGAAAUUCACAAUGCAUAUGGAAUGCUGUUUCAUGAAUCAACUUAUGAAGGCCACAUGAAAAGGUCGGACAGACGCUUGCGACCCUUCAUUCUCACGCGCGCCUUCUAUGCUGGAACACAGAGAAGUGCAGCUGUGUGGACUGGUGACAACACAGCUGAAUGGAGUCAUCUGCGCAUAAGUCAGCCCAUGUUGCUGUCACUUUCUGUUACAGGGAUCACUCAUGUUGGUGCUGAUGUUGGGGGCUUCUUUGGUAAUCCUGAUGUUAACCUGCUUGCUCGAUGGUAUCAGGCAGCAGCUUUCCAGCCUUUCUACAGGGCCCAUGCCCAUCUUGACACAAAACGACGUGAACCUUGGCUCUUUGAUGCAGAAACACUGCGCAUUGUCAGGAAAUCUCUACGGCAGCGUUAUCAGCACCUACCUCUUUGGUAUACACUCUUCUAUGAGAAUGAGUUAACAGGUAAGAUUCAGAGCCUGUUUUUUAGUCAUUCUGUUGUCUGUUCAAGUUAUAAUGACUGA